AUGAGCGAGUACAGCACCUCCAAGCGAGUGCAGCAACACAGACCGGAUUCCGUCGCUGAUGUUGCGAUUCCCACCGCUCUGAUCACUCAAUUAACGGCUGGCGCUGCCGUUAUUCGUGAGGCGGCUAUCUCUGCGGCUAUCAUAUCUCCCAAAGCCAUUCAAAUUGUAUGUCGAGAAGUAGAAAAUCUGCUUAAUGCCACUACACCAGAGCAGCGGGUGCGAACGGUUUCUCAGAUAACAGGCGCCUUACGAGAGGCGACAUUUCUGGAGAAAAAAAAUGAUGAGGCAUGUAAAGUAUUCCUUCAUGUACUGGCGGAACACUUUAUACUUCCACUUCUGCUUAGUUGUACUGUACGUUAUCUUCAUCGCGCUCUGGCAACACUGAUUCGCACGGUGUAUGGGAAGGAUGAUAUGUUGGAAUCACAGUUUCGUAAAGCCUUUAUUACCACUCAUAUUAGUUGUUGGAAUUCUGAUACGUUAAAACAGCCUACUAUACUUGGGGAUCACCUUGAAACUUUAAUGGGAGAUGCAGAAAAACUUUUACAAUUAAAGGAUUCCGUUAUGAGUUGGGUAAACUGUAUUGAUAGUACAAGUGUUGUGGCAUUACCUAUUUUUCCUUCUGUAUUUGCCGAUACAUUUUUUGAUGUUUUUCCUCUUCUUGGUGAUAGUCUGCAGUGGAUGGUAGCAAAUGCUCGUAUGGGAUCCCGUCAAGCUGAAGUAAGCGAAACAGGAAAUAUUGAUAACGAUAAUAAUAAUGAUAAUAAUAAUAAUAACAAUAGUACACUUUUGGGAGAAGAUUUGGCGUAUGUGCGUUAUGGUAUUCGUGUUGUUACGACCUAUAUUCAUAAAUUUUUGUACCUUUUUGAAAAUAUAUGGAAUUGUAAAGAGGAAACAAAGAUAAAUGCUAUUCAAGAGAAUUUAACUAGACUUCUCUCACCUGCUUUAUCAAUGCUUUCAUCAUCAUUAUUUCCAAAAGAUGUUCUGAAUGGAGCUGGAUUACUUGUCUCCUCACUUCUUACCUUGCGUACAUGUUGUCCAUGGUUGUUACUUGAGGUAUGUAAACAAUGUGGUACAAGUGAAAUGCGUACAUCCACAGUGGUGAAAGUUGAGGAUUCCGUCUCUUCUCAAACAGGAGGAUUAGAAGUGGAAAGAAGUAAAGAAGAAAGAGUAAGAGAGUUAGUACAACUCAUAUGUUCUUAUAAUCCAAAGAGUAUGCUUACAGAAUAUCCUGAGAAACUCAUGACGUUACAAAUAAUUCUUUCUGCUUUUACCAAUAAUGGUCGAUUUGCAUUAAUGAAAGGAUUAUUAGCUCAUUUAUCAACUCCUCUUCAUGGAAAUGUGGAAUCCCUUGGUGUUCUUCUUAAACCUAUUAUUCCUUUAACAGAUGAUAAUUCUUCUUCUUAUGCAAUAGUAGCUGUACAUGAUAUUAUCAUGCCAGCAGUAGAACAAUACUGUUCUGCUCUUCAAUCACCUGAUACGAGAUUUAUGGCUAUUCAAACCAUUGAUAGUGUGGUACGUCAUAUCGAAUCUAUUCUUUCUUGUAUUGCCGAUAUUUUAGAAGUUCCAUGUAAUGAAAAUACAAAUAGUAUUACUAAAACUAAAGUGGCAAAGAGAAGUUUACAACGAGCAGGAGGUAAAGAAACAUUACUGGAUUCUCAAAAAAAGGAACUCAUAGAGUUAUGUGUAAAGACACCAAAAUUAACUCGUACAUUAAAUCAAGCAACAGAAGUUAUUAUGGGUAUGUGGGAUGAUAAUACACAACAAGUAGCAGGUCCAUUGUACGAUACAUAUAAUGAAAUACUUGCCGUACAUUGUAUGUUAAAACGUUGUAGUGUUUUGACGGUUUCUUCAAUUUGUAUAGAAAAUAAUACGAAUGAGGAAAUGUUUGAUACUGCUGAAACUGUACAAAGUAUUCUUUCAAUACCAGAUGAAAGGCGUGGAAAGUAUCAUGCAUUAUUAGGUUUGAUAAGUGUUGUACCAAUGAUGCAGUUUCUUUCUGAAUUAAGAAAAUAUUAUUCACAUGAAAAUGGAACUAUAUCUGAUAUUCAAGCUCUUUGUUGUUUUAGUAAAUUACUUAUCUCUGGUGCGGGUAAUCAUAAAAUUGGAAAUAUAGCUGGGGAUGUAUUUGCCAAAAUGGCUGGUCGUAUUUUAAAAUUGGAUAACAAAGAUGUAAAACAUAAUAACCUUUUUAUGAAAGGUAUUAUUGAACCUUUAGUUGAAUCUCUUCUUAUCCCUGGUUACGCAUCUUUCUUUCACUUAAAUGAGGUUGCAGAAGUUUCACAUAUUGUAACUCAUAUUAUUUCUCCAUGUCUUAAAAGUGAAGAGAUUUAUUUACCAACUUUACUUUCACAAUUGGGAAAUGUAUUAAGCAGUGAAAAAAAUUCUUCUCGGGUAAAUCAAAGUGUGGUGGAAAUUAUUCAUCGAGCUCGUUUAGUAGGAAGAGAUGUUUCUACAUAUAUUCAUCCAAACAGUUCCUGUUUUAAAGCUGUAUUGGCAAGUCUUCAGGCACAGGAAAGUGAACUUCGCUUCACCGCAUUAGGUCUUUGUGUGUUAAGUACGAAGAAAUCUGAAUCUGUAGAGUUGUGGCAAUGUCGAAUGAUGGAAUGGUAUUUAAGUACCAAUAUGCAUUAUGGUGGAGACUCUGCAGCUUUACGUAAUUUAUUAGAAUUAUAUAAGAAAUGGACAAGACGUUUUGUGGAUAGUUAUUUAAAACAAGAAACUAGACAACGGAAAGGUUUAGAAGAAUCCAAAACGGCAGAAGAAUAUAAACAACUUGUGAUUCAUCACUGUGUACGAACUGUACUUUGUAUUGUUCCACAAAUUGGUGAAAAUGCCAAAUGGUCUCGUAAUUUGUCAUUGGAACGUCGGGUUGCCGCGAUGUCUAUAUAUACAUCUCUUAUUCGAAGUGUGUUAGAGUUUCUUUCACCCAUACAAUUACAAGAAAUGGAUUUAAUAAAACAAUUAUUUCCAUCUGUGCUUGUAGAAGGUUUACUAGAGUCUUUAUCAGAGGGAUGGGAAAAGGCACGAACAAGUGCUUAUAAUAUUCUUCUUCUUUACUGUGAAUAUGCUCCAGAGACGGUGUUUGCUAGUGAAUAUCUUGGUCAUGUGGAAACUGCAAGUACGUCGAAGAGAGAAUUAUUACGGGCACAAACCUUUCGAAAAGCUGAAGGUGAAGUACUUCGUUAUGUUUUGGCUUCUUACUAUACACCUAAGGCAAGAGAAGCAUCCAUUGCAGAUCCAUUACAAGAAUCUAAAAGACGAGUAGAAUUGGUGGAAGGAGAAAUUAAAAAAGUACAAGAAAAAUUUGUACAACUUCAAUCUUUAGGUGUAAAGGGUGCGUAUGAAUAUAUUCAGGAAAAUCCUUUGCAUGGUUCAUUAUCCCUUUGUUCAGCUUUAUUAUCGAAUGCAAGGGAAGUUAAACAUGAUACGGAUUUUUUCUAUGAGGCAUGUAAUAAACUUCUUAUCUGCUGUCGUGAAGCCUUACAAACAUGUUCUCUUCUUGUUGGAGGAGAGUCUAGUAACUCUACAGAUGGAAAUGAGGCAGAUGUGGAUUGUCGUGGUCAUAUCUAUGAUAAAGAUGGAUCUUGUACAGAAAAAACAAUGCGUACAGUUGUGAAUAAUACAUGGCUUAGUAUUCGUACCAGUGCAGCUGCGGUUGUACAAAUAAUGAAACUUGUCACUAUUGAUCAACUUUCUUUUCCUGUUGUUCGUUCUCUCUGUUAUGUACUCAUGGAAUCUUUACUUCGCACAAAACACAAUGGUGUGAUGCGGGCUGUACGACAAGCCCUUAAAACUGUUUCCGCCGCUCUUCUUCGCUCUCGUCAUUCGACUUUCCAUACACUUCCUGCGGAGAUGUUGGACUUUCUUCUUGGACCUGACGGUGUGACUUCCCGCAGUGUCGCUCGGAUGUUGCGGCGCAGUCAAGGUUUACCGCACGCCCUGUUGGCACUACUGGAGGCGGAGGACGCCAGUGUGCCGGUGGUGUUGUUUGCAAAGGCAAUGCGGGCAUUACUGCGAGUAGCAGAGGGAACCGAUAUACAUAAUAGAAAUAAGGAGAUGAAAGAUAUACCACAAGAUGAGGAGGUUUCCGAUAGUCAACGUUCAAAUGCAUUAAAUGUAUUGAAAUUUAUAUUUGAAAAUAAAAUAUUUGCAUCCCGUUCAGUGGCAAGUCUUGAAGAGGCAUUUUGGAUUGCCACAAGUGGCUUUGAUGACGCAAGUUGGGGAAUACGAAAUAGUUCACUGAUGCUCUUCUCUGCAGUUCUUCCACGUUUUGUUGGGGAACACCCUUCAACUGGUGGAGUGGGAGUUAAUACAUCUCUGCAUGAUAUCGCCGUACGGGCUCCUAGAGGAGUUGCAUUUACAUAUGAUGUACUUGUAAAGAGUUGUGCUAAUCCAGUACCUAGUCUUGGUGUGUUUCCACUUUUACAAAUGCUUUCUAUGUUAAGUCCAGAUCCACCACAUCUCAUCACGAAAGCAACCGCUAAAGUUUCAACAAGUACUGAAAAUAAUAUGGAUGCUGAUUCUUCUCGUAUUAUUCGUGCUGUUGUACAAUGUGGAUCUUCAAGAAAUUUAAUGAUUCGUGCCGCUAGUGCUGUAGCUCUUUCUUCACUUGUUCCUCCUUCUCAUCUUGAGAGUAUGAUGAUGGAAUUCUUUUCCACUAUCUCUGAUGUGAAGAGUGAUGCGAAUAUGGUUCAUGGUGCAUUACUUCAUAUGCAGCAGUUUCAUACAUUUUAUGUUGGAACAUUACGUCGUAAUGUGAGGACAAAAGUAAUGAGUAGUAACGCCACAGCUACAGUGGCAAGACUUAUUAGUAAACUCACUCUUCAAGGACUUACUUCUCUUUCUGUUGCCUCUAAACUUCAUCGUGCUUCUGUACAUUGCCCUACUAUUGCAGCUACUUUUUUAAGUUUAGCAUGUGAUACACUUUAUUUUUAUAAUAAACGUUUUGGAUAUUCUGGAGAUAUUUCUUUAUGUUUAGAGUUAACACGUAUUGGUGUUGGAAUCUUGUUUGAGUUGGCAUGUACUCCUACACGAUUGUAUAAUCUUUCCCGUGGGGAUCAUACAUUGGUGGAACAAAAUGCUGCUCUCUUUGCUCUUCUUGGUGUUGGUUUUCUUUCCCAGAAGGGUGAAGAGAUAACAACAACAACUACUACUACUACUACUACUACUACUACUACUACUACAAUUGAUUGUAUAUGGGAGUCUCUCUCUCGUAGUUUCGUAGGUGAAAAGGGAAAUUCACUGGUCUCAUAUUUUAUGGAUCAUAUCAGUUAUUACACUAUGGAGAAGCGAUGGACACAUGAGACGGCACAAAAAAUCUUAACAUGUUUUAAAACACAUGUUCAUUAUGAUCCCACACAUGCAGCGUUACUUAUGUUAACACAAGAACUAUCUGUAGCCGCUUCUCAUCAACAGUUACCUUGUACAGCUGUAUUCCACAUGAAAGCUCAUUUAGAGUUUCUUGUUAUGCUUGGUGUUGAUAAUCAUCUACAAACGGGUGAACUUCAACAACUUUGUGACUCCGUGGAGUCUCUUCUACUUCAACGAAUGGACCCUCAAGCCUCUCAUCCACUGCGUAAUACAGAAGUUCAAUCUUGGGCUGUUCGUUUUCUUGCUUACUGUUGUGUUAGACGUGGUACUUGUAGUGAAGCCUUUUUACAAGUUCUCGCUCAUUAUUCAUCUCCUGUUUUUAAUAUUCAGAACCGUGCAUCCGUCGUGGCGGCUUUAAAUGAUGGACUUUUGUCUAUUCAUGAGGAUGUGCAUAUUAAUUCUAUGAAUCAUCAUUGUAUACUUUUAUUAAUUCUUUUACGUCUUCUCUUUGAUGAUGCUCAUGACGUCCGUAGUGAGGCCUGCCGUGUGGCCUCAAAACUCACUUCACCAGUUCCUUUUGUAUACGAUCACAGUACAUGUGUUUUCUCUGUCGUGUAUGCACUUCGUCAAUAUAGUAAACGUAAUGUACUCUCCUAUGAGGUGGUGCAGCAAUACAUCUUGGGUAAUGGUGUGGUAUCGGACGAGGAAGCCGAUGAGAAGAAUGAUGGGGAUGAAGAGGACGGUGAAGAGGAAGAAGAUGUGUUGUUUGAGAAGGAAGCGGAUAACAUGUUUGCAGAGGAGUCAUUACUGGAAUACCUAGUGGGAGUUAUCAUGCGGGGUACAAAGAGUAGUGGUAAUGAUAGUAGUACUAGUGAUGGUCCUACUUUUGCAGUAUGUGAUGAGUUGAUGGAUAUGACGGAGCAAAGGAAGAGUGCUGCAUUAUUGUACGCUACAUUAUUUGAUAAGGCACACUAG